CACAUAUUACACAUAUUUCUGGAUCCAUUUCAGAUUUUAAACACACAAACAUUGACACUUUAUGAUUAUGAUGAUUAUUAAUAUUAUUAAUAAUAAUAAUAAUGUUUUUGUGUGUGGUUUAGGAAGGGCGGCACCCUAGCGCCCUCUAUAGGCCAGCCGCCACUGCUUAUAAUGUAAGUCUCGUGUCUGUUACAUUUCAUUUCUGGCAAAUCUAAUGAGUGGUGUGGUACAUCUUGGGAACAUUAUGACAGACGAAAACGAAAAUGGCACUCAGGAAUUCAACAGUGUAAUGAAUCGCGUUUUUAAUGCGCUCGACGUUGCCAGAAGGGAUCUCGCAGCGCAGCGCAACGACAAUGUUCUGCGAGUCACCAGGAGCACGUUCCGGAGGCGUCGGAGGGCACCAACAACGGGGGCAUCAAAUGAAUCUGCCGGAGUUUGGAGGGUGAGACUUUUUCUGUUGGCAUUGGCGGACCAAUCCGUCCUUCCAGCACCUACAGAGAGCAGCCGACUGUCAAGAGAAGGUUUAGGAAUCCCAGCUCAUGACCAGCAAGGGGUUGUUUCAGAACGAAGCUAUGUCAAGCUCUCAAUGACUCUUUUAGAGUUCAACAGCUAUGUUUGUCAAAGUUUUCCUACAAUUCCCUUGAAUAUGAUUGGGUUCACUCUGGCAAGAGCUGGCAACUCCAGGCUACUAACGCAACUGCAGGCUACUACUAUGGCAGACCUUAAAAGAUCUGUUGGCAGGAGCAGGGUUUAUAUAAUCCCGCAGGCAGACAUACCAACAUUGUUAGUGAUGGCCUCAUCUUCUGCCUCUGCGGCCCUUAGACCUGCAGGAGCACCCUCUGCCUCGGCCGCCUCUACCUCGGCCACUGAUUCAGAAGGAGCAGCCUCGGCCGCCUCUACCUUGGCCACUGAUUCAGAAGGAGCACCCUCUGCCUCGGCCGCCUCUACCUUGGCCACUGAUUCAGAAGGAGCACCCUCUGCCUCGGCCGCCUCUACCUUGGCCACUGAUUCAGAAGGAGCACCCUCUGCCUCGGCUGCCUCUACCUCGGCCGCCACUGAAACUGCGGGAUCAACCACUGCUCCCACACCCCCAUCAACUUCUGUAUCUAUGGACGCUGAUGUGGAAAGUUUGCAUUCCGCACAAUGGGUAAAUGCUGGGACUCCAGAGGUAUUUUAUAGAAGGUCACGUUUGGAACAACCAAACAGGAAUUCAUUCAAUGACUUUUUAAUUGAUGAUUCUGAUGAGGAGGAAGAGGGCGAGGACGAGGCUUUUGGGACUUUGGAAAGUUAUGUCUUUCCCGUGGAAGAAGUGGAUCUGGCCGUCCUUUUAAGUGACUUCAGAAAGGAAUUCGUUUCUGAUGGCCUAGUCAGUAAUAUCUGCAUCAGGAGGAAGAAACUUCUUGAGAGUGCAAUAAAAGCCAUCUCAAGGGUUACAUUCUGCUGGAACAAUUCCCCCUACAUAGAAUUUGUAGGAGAAGAUGGAGAUGACAUGGGUGGACCACAGAGAGAGUUUUUCAGACUCUUGAUGAUAGAAGUACAAACAACCAUGGGAAUAUUCGAGGGAAAGGCUGGUCAGGUCUUCCUUACCUAUGACCAAGCGGCAUUAGAUGGCCACAAGUAUUUCCAAGCAGGCCGCCUAAUUGCGUGGUCAGUGGCACACGGAGGUCCGUGUAUCAAAGCCCUGGAUCCCAGCCUGUACCAGCUAAUGUGCGGCCAGGAGGCUCAACUGGAGCAAUUUGACUGCAGUGUGCUGCCUGAUCCGGAUGUUCAAAGCAGAGCAAAAAGGAUCCUACAGUGCAAGACUGCAGAGGACCUGUCUGCCCUCCAGCAAGACUUGGGGGACUGGAUCUCUGAGUGUGGCAUCCCUGGCAUCUUCAGUGCCACUAUCGGAGAAAUUCCGAAGAUUUAUUCCUAUGUAGUUAAGCACUACAUAUUUCUCAGAACGGCCAAGAUGGUGAACCAAUUCACGGAGGGCAUGAAUGCUUUUGGGAACCUGUGGGACCUGGUCAGGAACAACUGGAUUGCCUUCGUUCCCUGCUUCACCAACAUGAGGACCCCGCUGACAAAAUCCUCCUUUAAGGCCAUAUUAAAAUAUGAAUACAGUCCAAGAGGAACAAAUCACCGGGAAAAAGAGGAGGACACGAUAUACAGCUGGGAGUUGGUCCUAAACCUCAUCGAAGACAAACUGACUGAACUGACAUUUGAGGACCUGCUGAUUUUCAUCACUGGGGCAGAUGAAGUUCCAACGCUUGGCUUUCCAAACAAGCCCUCCAUUGACUUUUAUACACAGGAGGCCGGUGUGCGUCGUUUGCCAUAUGCCUCAACCUGUGCUAUGACGUUGUUCCUACCAAGAGGCAUCACAGAGGAACAAGAGCUUCACAACAUACUGAACCAGUCAGUGAAAGACUCGUUGGGCUUUUUAAAGGUCUAGAAAAAUAGACAAGGAGGAAGAGAGGAGGAGGAUUGGGAGGGUGUGCAGAGUAUGACGAUAAGAUGAGGGAGAAAGUAUUACUGCAAUUUUGCACUGGGUGAAAUUUGACAUUAUUGCCAUAAAUAUGGAAACUGCGUUCAGGAAGUGCACUAAUGAUACCUCAAUUGUUGCUUUGUUCUCGACGGUUCAUUUUUGACUCCCUACUUAUAAAUGCUCUGAUGUUAAUACCAUUUAUUUGUUGUUUUUAUUUGUUCAUAAACUUAAGUCAUUCUACAAGUUGCAGUUUUAUGGGCGUUCAAGUGGCAAACAAUUUCUUGUCCUGUGAGCAGUAACUUCUAACUUGGCCCUGUUUUAAGAGGGACCUUGUAUUAGCGUGGUUCGGAAGCUCAGAAUUGUGUUCCAUUCCUUUGAUUUGUUAAGUACUUCAAACAUGAUAUGUAUGUUGACAUAUGCUGUAAAUCCACCUAUAGGAAUAA